GGUCAAAGCUAUUAUAGAUGGGAACACAGGACUCAUUGACACUUCAACAAUGCGCCUCAUAGCUUGGUCGCUUUUUCUAGUCGCGAUUUUAUUGGGUAUUAGUGUCGCCGAUUUUACGAAACAGGACCCGACGGAACAAAGAUGGUGUGACAUCCUUGGGCUUGUUUCCUAUGAUCUCCAGUUGGUGACUGGAUGUCCCCAUAUACUGGAUGUGUCCAUACAGCAAUCGGCUCAGAUCGAAUACCGAAUUACUUACACGGAGGGGGUCCCUAAAAGGUGCUCUGUGCAAAUGACAGUGGGCUUUUCUGGCGCUCAAAUCAACAUCACGGGGUUUAUCUGCGCCCAUGCAAGUGGAUCGAUUCAUGGUGUCGGCGUGACAGGAGGAUACAACCAGGCGGAUCCUACGGCCCAGCAGUACUCAGACGUCUUGUUUGAUUUUGUAGAUUUGGGGCUCCUUUCCAGACACAAUAUGUUUGGUGUUCUCAUCACGAACGUGGAAAAACAGGUUGUUUCUGGAUACAACUACAAGUACACUCUACAGACGGGUGACCAAGUGUGUUCUUUGACGCUAUUUGUACAAGAUUGGACACAGAGAUACGAGGUUCACAAUAACCCCUGCAGGCUGUAGUCACGCGAUAUUGUUUCCCAUAUAUUGUUUGCACUUACACAAAUAAAUCAAAUUAACAACUUAAAA